ACGCCCUCUUCUUCUUCUUCUUCUGCUUGAUGGUGCACCAUGGUGGCUGUCAAAAUGGCAAACACAACGACGCUGAAGAUCAGCGAGUCCUGAUAUUAUUAUUAUUAUUAUUAUUAUUAUAUACUAUAUUCCAUGUGUCUGCGGCGGUGCGCGCGACUCUGACAAUGCCGUCUGCGAGAGGAGCGCGUGCGGACGGUUAAAGUUAGCGCGUGCGUCGUUUCCUUACCGAGAGAGAGAGAGCGCGAGCAACACUACCACCAUCACCAUCAUCACCACCACCAUCACCAUCAUGCCGAGCCAGAAGAGCAACAAGGGGAAGAGAAGUAAGCGCACUAACAGCAGCGGAGAUGAGCAGGAAAAUGGAGCCUCAGCAGCAGCAGCAGCAGCAGGAGGAGCAGCAGGAGCAGCAGGAGGAGGAAACACUGCAUUAGUGGGAGCUACAGCCGCACCGUCAAGCGGUAAACGAGAGGCCCUGUGUGCCACGCCACUUGUGUGCAGUUUGGGCCGUGCUGUUGACCUUGAGAAAGAUGACUACCAGCGGGUGCUGUGCAACAGUGAGCACUGUCCUUAUGGCAACUGGAUGCACCUGCAGUGCUUCUAUGAGUGGGAAAGCAGCAUCCUUGUACAGUUCAACUGCAUAGGCCGUGCACGUAGCUGGAAUGAGAAGCAGUGCCGGCAGAACAUGUGGACUAAGAAGGGUUAUGACUUGGCCUUUCGCUUCUGCUCAUGUCGCUGUGGCCAGGGACACUUAAAGAAAGAUACUGACUGGUACCAGGUCAAGCGCAUGCAGGACGAGCGCAAGAAGAAGGUGGUGACUGAGAAAAGUAGUGGGAAGGCCAGCGGAGGUGCCUCGGGAGGGGGUGGAGGGGAAGCCUCAGAGGAACUGAAGAAAGGCAGGUCAUCCAAUAAACUGCCUCACCGUGGUUCCAACCAAGACCUUUCACGCCGCCAAUCUGUGGAUCGGCAGAACUCUCAAGAAAGGAGCCACACGGUUGCCAGCAUUGGGAUGAGCCUGGGUGCGCGCUCGCCUACUGACUCACCUGGCCAGUCUCCACCAUUAGGCUUCUCAUUCUUCACGCCUCAGUCAGUCAGUGGACCACGCAGUUCACGGCACCUGGGCGAAUUCCUUAAAAAUGCGGUCCACAUGGAGGGCAACAGGAAGCAUUUGCUGGUGGGAAAUAUGGCCGGCCGGGGAAGUCUUCAAGCAGAUCAUGGUACAGGCAGUUUGUGUCUGCCCCGCCUUACUCAGGGUGAUGGCCCGGUGCAGUUCUUGAGGAGGCUGGACCUCUCUGAGCUGCUGGCACACAUCCCUCGGCAUAAGCUCAACACCUACCAUGUGCGCAUGGAGGAUGAUGCCCAGGUUGGACAGGGUGAGGACUUGAGAAAGUUUAUCCUCUCUGCACUUAGUGCUAGCCACCGCAAUGUGGUCCACUGUGCCCUGUGCCACCACAUGCUGCCCAUCUUCGAGCAGUUUCCGCUGGUGGAUGGGACGCUCUUUCUCAGCCCGUCACGACACGAUGAGAUCGAGUACGAUGUGCCGUGCCACUUACAAGGGAGGCUGAUGCACCUGUAUGCCAUCUGUGUGGACUGUCUGGAGGGGGUGCACAAAAUUGUGUGUAUAAAGUGCAAAUCCCGAUGGGACGGAAGCUGGCACCAGUUGGGUACGGUGUAUACCUAUGACAUUCUGGCUGCUUCGCCUUGUUGUCAGGCCAGACUGAACUGUAAGCACUGCGGGAAGCCUGUAAUCGAUGUACGUGUGGGCAUGCAGUAUUUCUCCGAGUACAGUAAUGUGCAGCAAUGUCCACACUGUGGCAAUCUGGACUAUCACUUCGUCAAGCCUUUCUCCUCGUACAAAGUCCUUGAAGCUUAUUGACAAAAGUUCUACUUGCAUGCUAGUUUUCUUCCCUUUUUUAUGUUCCUAGGGAAUUUUAUUUGUCAGAAUUCUUUUUUUUCUAUUAUUAUUAUUGUUCAAAUUAAAUGGAGAGAGCAAAACGAUGGCAGUUAAUCACAGAGGCUGGAGUCAGGACAUGCUUCACUAUAUGUUCAUAAAACAUUCUCAUCUGGCAUUUCCAACCACGCAAGCAAGAAUAAUACUGUGACGAGUGAAUGUAUCUGUAAAUGCCAAAUUCAACCUUUUGUACAAAGAGAACACACAAUAAAAUGCAUAAAAUCUG